UCAUCUUCUUCUUAAGAAGAGAAGGUCAGCCGCCCAACCCCUCUCCUUCUGCCACCACGCCCCUCUCUGCUCCUCAACACCGCCUGCAAACGGCACCACCGGCAAAGAUCACCACGCAGCGGCUGAGCACUGCUCUUCUUCUCCUCCAUACUGCUGAAACCAGUAGCCACCAGGAGGCAGCCAUCGACGCCCUUCUCUCUUCCUCUCCUCAGCCACGCGAGUUGCUGUCCAGAGAAAACUGCAGCAACCAUUGUUAUCUCUGGAAUGGCGGAUUUGAGCCUAGGUUUUUUCUCCAUGCUCCUCCUCUUCCUCUCGUUAUCCCUCUUAGUUUUCCUCGCCUUCAUUGUCCGGCCACGCACCGUUAAAGUUCCAAUUAAGAAUCGCCAUGUGUUCAUCACUGGCGGCUCAAGCGGCAUCGGAUUAGCACUAGCUCAACAGGCUGCUUCAGAAGGUGCAAAAGUUUCAAUACUCGCUCGUAACACUAGUAGGCUCGAAGAUGCGAAGGAGUCAAUUCGGCUUUCUACUGGCCGUGACGUGGCCAUUUUCAGCGCUGACGUGAGAGACUACGAUGCCGUAAAGAAGGCUAUAGAAGAGGCAGGACCAAUCGAUGUGUUGGUGUGCAAUCAGGGAGUUUUUGUACCUCAGGAAUUGGAGACCCAAGAUAUUGAGGAGAUCAAGUUUAUGAUUGAUGUGAACUUGACCGGGACUUUUCAUCUGAUUAAAGCUGCUUUGCCUGGAAUGAAGAAUAGGACCAACCGUGGACCUGGAUCCAUUGCUAUCAUGUCUUCACAAGCUGGCCAGGUUGGCAUAUAUGGUUAUACAGCUUAUUCAGCCAGUAAGUUUGGCCUCAAAGGACUGGCAGAAGCAUUGCAGCAGGAAGUUAUUGGUGAAAAUAUUCAUGUAUCACUAAUAUUUCCUCCCGACACUGAAACUCCUGGAUUUGCUGAAGAGAACAAGCGUAGGCCACAGUUGACUAGUAUACUAGCAGCUUCUUCUGGUUCCAUGAAAGCUGAUGAAGUUGCAAAGAAAGCUUUGAAUGGCCUUAAAUCAGGUUCCUUUAUUGUCCCCUGCAACUUUGAGGGAUUCUUUCUUUCCAUAGCAACUGCUGGUCUAUCUCCUCAGAGAUCAUUUUUGAUGGCAUUUGUCGAAGUGAUAGCUGCUGGAAUAUUACGUAUUGUUGGUCUAUGUUUCCAAUGGAACUGGUAUGGGAGCAUUGAGAAAUUUCUUGGAGAAAGGAAAUAGGGAGUAGCUACAAAACACAGUCUGACAAAUAAUUUUUGGCACUUCCCUCAAGAAUUGGUAGUUUGAACAAGUUGAUUCCCACAUGAUAGUUAUUACAGAAAUUGAACUUUUUCAUGAUGUUUUAUGUACCCCUUAGGUUGUCCAAUUUUCAAUUGCUUUUGUGCUAGUGAACUAAAACUAUGUAGUGUUUCGUUUCUCUUUGAUUUUAUCCAUUACCAAGUGUUGCUGGAUAAUUUGUCCACUUAGUUGAGAAGUUUUUCUAUCUACUGUGCUUGGAGUUCAUAGAUUUUUUAAUUAACUGAUAAAACUUUAUGUUCUCUAUCAACUGCUUUUAUUUAGCUUAAUAUUUUCGACCUA